GGUGGCCAUGUUGCGAAACUCUGGAAGCAACAAACAGAAUUGUUAUGUUUUUAUCAUGUUUUUUGAAGAAAAUUAAUCAGCUUUAAAGGCUGAUUUAAAUAGGUCUGAGAAAAAUAAUUGUACUUGAUUGCCAACCGAUCCUUUUCCGAAGUUUUUAAUUAUUUAGGCCACUUUUUUUAUAUGUUUGAAAAUCAGUCAGCUGAUUUUGACACUCUUCAACGGAAGUUACGGGUUUACGUCGCUUUCCGAUGAUAUUUUUUUAAUCUGGAAUUUCAUAAUAUUUUUUAUUAGUAAUUACGUAUAUUGGUUUACCAUUAAUCAGUGAAUAUUGUGAAAAAGUCGAUGAAAAAGAUACUAUUUUUUAAAUGAGGUUUGAUGUUUUCGAAGAAUGAUUUGAUUAAUUCGCAGAAGAUAAUUAAUCAAAAAUAACAAAAAAAUGGCUGCAUUAAUAAAGAAAAGAGUUCUAGCGGAAUUCACACAAAGUCAGAUAAUAAACGAGCCGCCGGUAAAAAAAUUAAAAACCUUGAGACUUUCAAUCAGUGCAGCAAAUAAAAAUGGUUCAGGAGUCGAAAAAAGUUCUGUCCUCGUUUAUAUCGAGUGUCUCGAAAAAUGCAAAGGAGGAAAUGACGCUUUGCAACUUUUGUGUCGGAUAUCCGACAUUCUUUCGCAAAUGACUCCCGAAGAUGUUCCAAUUGCCGUUAAAAAAUUGGUGGAGAGAUUUAUGAUCGAACCGGAAGCUGCGGUUCGAACAAAAAUUCUCUGGGUCUUUGCAGAACUCGGAGAAGUUACUUUCGACCCUGGAGAAAAAGCGAGAAUCAUUAACGAAACUGGAAUUCUUUUGAAAAACGAAGAAUCACAUCGAGUCAUUAGCCAAGGACUUGCAACUCUUCUCAAGCUCGGGAAUUACAAUCGAGCCGCAGUUUUGAAGAUAGCGAGAGAUCAUCUGCCAGAUACUUGGCACGGAGUUCAGAGCAGAUGUCUGAUGAUAAUCGGAAGAUAUCUUUCGGCGAAUGCAACUGACGAUACCUUGUCUCUCGUGGGACAUUAUGCGAGAUCUCAGGAUCCUCGAGUUCGAGCUCAAGCCUUCGAGACGAUGGCUGAGCUUCAUUCCCACCGGGGUUGUCGCCUCCCGGCCACUUUUUUCUCUGAAGCUUGUGCAGCUCUAAGGGACGACUACGAAAUUGUUCGUCGAGCUGUUUUGAAAUUAAUUUGGCUUCUGGGAAACGAAUACCCUGAUCAAAUGAUGCCUGGACAAGAAGGCGAGGAUAUUAGAAUGAUUGACAGUGCCUUUUCGAAAAUUUGUGGCCUCAUGGGCGAUUUGUCAGCACGAGUAAGAGCUUCUGCGAUGUCUUUACUCGGAUCCAUGAAGGGAGUUUCUCGUCGUUAUAUCGAGCAAUCCUUGGAUAAAAAACCCAGAACAGUGGAAGACGAAAGCUCGGAAGUCGAGGAAAGAAGCGGAUCCUGUGGAGCCUUCAUUCAUGGCUUAGAAGACGAAUACUUGGAAGUACGAACAGCAGCCGUGGAAUCUCUCUGCUCACUAACUCUCGCGCAACCUUGUAUCGCGACUAUUUCUCUCGACUUUAUGGUUGACAUGUUUAACGACGAGAUUCAGGACGUUCGUAUAAGGGCGAUUGAAUCUCUGAAAAAGAUGUCUUCAAUUGUAAUUCUCACCGAGGACCAAUUGCAAACGAUUCUGGGCGCACUGGAAGACUUUUCCGGACAGGUUCGGGAAGGUUUGCACGCGACUUUGGGAGCAAGUCGACUGGCGACACGAAAUUGUCUCCAGAUGUGCGUUACUAGACUUUUGGAAAAUUUGGCAAGGUAUCCCCAGGACAAAGAGAGUAUCAGAAGCUGCUUGGCAGAACUUGGAGCUUCUCAUCCCUACUUGACUUUGCCUCUCGUUCCUCAAAUGCUGGGCAGGCAUCCCUUUUUUGACACUCCGGAACCUGACGUCGACGAUCCUCCAUAUGCGAGUACUCUAGUUUUAAUAUUCAACGCGGCCCUCCACUGUCCAAGUAUGCAUGCCUUAUUCACCGAACAUGCGGCAAAACAUUAUUUAUAUUUACGCGACACAAUUCCACACCUUGUGCCGAGAUUGCGGCCAGUGCUGACCAGCGGAUCCGGUUUUGGAAAAGAGGAAGUCGAGGAUGAGGAAUCGAGAGACCGAAGAGGACGGGAAUUCCUCGAGAGGAUGGUGACUGGCGUCGAGAGGGCCAAACCGGGCGGGAAAGUCUACACCCAGCUUUUGGAAGCGGCUUCGGUGGACGUCGAGCGUCUCGCGGAAAUGGACCGACAAAUGGAAGGAGCUGCUCGAUUUACGGCUCUCUACAUCAAGUGCCUCCUUCUCAUUCGAUCGAUCGUCAAGGAUUUUUCCCAGUCGCCCUUGCCCUCCGGAUCCGGGACCAAUGCUUCCAGCAAUAUCUCUCUUCUUCUACAACAUGCCCAAAAACUCCAGAGAUUAUUCUCAGGCCUGAGUGAAAUUGACAUGGCCUUGGCAACAGACGUCUGGUUAAAAGCUCUCGCCCUGGAUUUAAUCCGAGUCUCGAGAAGUGCAACCGGAAGUGCUCUUCCCCUGACGAGACAGUUUCUUUCAGAAGCGGAUGCUCUUCCCCAAGACACUCUAAAAUUGCCACCUUUUUCGAAAUCCCUCGUGACCCAAUUGCCAGCUCUUGGCGAGGCGAAACCAGGAACUCUGACGAGACUCCUCGUCCCUCUACUGAUGGCACCCCUUCAAAUCGGCGAUGAGAGACUUCCUCGACCCUCGGCUCUGACCAGAUUCUGCAGAGCCGUCAUCGAGGAGCCCAGAAGUGACGCUGACGCCGCUCUCAAGUUCACUGGAGGACUUCUCCUCGGCAUUCCGAUGACUGCAAAAAUCCAGAAUCUUCGAGAUCCGAGCACACUGAGAAUUAAACUGAGACAUCCUGAUCAGCAGGUUCAGCUGCUGCUUCCGAGGAAAGCCGAUCUCAAGGAGCAAAAUAGUGAAUUGAAAGAUUACAGAUUGAGGACUACUGUCUUAUUUUCCCACCAGGUCUGGAUGGAGGCUUGUAACGUCGAGAUUUCACUGGCUCUUCUCGCUCCCUCGGCGACGACGUGCACUCAUCCUCCACAUGAGGAUCCUUGUGUCAUUGAUUUGUGCAAACCGACAAAAGUUUCGAUCUCUCCGAAAGCGAUUAAGAGGGGCAUUUAAAUUUAUCGAUUUUCUUCAUUUUUUUUUCUUUUUCUCAAGUGUAAAUCGAGUUUAGCUAAUUGUAAGAUGGAGAAGAUGAGGAAGAAAGUAUUUUUGGUACGAUUUCUAGGUACGUGUAUGAUUCACUCGAGUGAAUUUUUCAUUUAGAAUUAAUAAUAAUAAUGAUAAUAAUCUGAGAA